AUGUCCUCGCACAAGAGAAAACGCUCUGCUUCAGUAUUCAGCAGCGGCAGCCGCUCUUCCCAGCACAGUCACCACCUCCCGAACGACACCAUCAACCCCCUCUCGCACAGCGAGGGCACAAUAAAACAGCUGCGCACCGCGGGCCUCACAGCAGACGACCUCCUGCCGUCCAACUACAUCCCCGAUUUUCCGCACCGGCCCAUCCGCCCAUCUCACCACCAGCAGCAGCCAGACGACAGUAAUGAUGAAGACGACAGAGAAGACGGCUCGGCCAGCGACGCAAGCAGCACGAAGGGCGCUGAGAAGGCGCGGCGGCGCCGACAAAUGCGCGACGCGCAGGCCCAGCAGCUGGGGUUCCUGACGAACGUGAUCCUGCGAGCGCUGGAGGAGGGCGACAUCCCGCGCGCCAAGAGAGCCUUCGGGCUGCUGCGCCGGUCGGAAGUGCGGGGCAGGCCGGUCGACCUGAGGAAGAACGCGCUGUGGAGCCUAGGGGCGGAGAUUCUGAUGCGCGACGGGGAGGUCAGGUCGAGGAGCGUGAUCCCCGGCGAGACCGGCCCUAAGAGUGCCGGCGAGCAGGAGGAACCAGGGCAGGGCGGCGGGGAGGGCGGCGCAGGGAGGAAGGCCGCGGUCAGGAGAUGGGGCUCGGCGGCCAACAUGCCACAGCUGCGGACGUACCUCGAGUCGCUGGUGCGGCAGUACCCGUACAACCGGCUGCACCCGGACAGCAUCAGCGACCUGGACUUCCACCCGGUGCUGUUCAGCUGCGAGUUCUACAACGCGUGGGUCGGGCACAAGCUGGCGCUGGAGCGGCUGGCCGACGAGGCCGAGUCGUGGAGCGACGACCUCGAGGUCCCCGACAUCGACAUGGCGGACUACGACGACGACAGUACGCGGGCAGACGGCCGGCAUUACCGCGAGAACAACCUCACCAGCAGGGAGAGGCGGCUGCGCCAGGCCAAAGCCGACCUCGGCCUGCAGGCCAUGUCGACCAUGCGGGAUGUGGCGUCGCGCAUGGACAGCCUGAUGGAAAAUCUGCCUUACUCUCGCAGCGUGGAACUGCUGCGGCUGCGUGGUAUGGUCGCGCUUUAUAUCGGAGAUUUGAGCGUGCCACCGCCGCCACGGACGGCCGAUGAGGAAGAGGAAGGCAACAGGGUCCGGGAACAGGAGCAGGAGAGGGCGAGAACCUUCUUUGUGCGGAUGGUGAAGAGUGGAGGACGGACUGAUGCGUGUACGGAGAGGUGGCUACGGGAUGGGAACGCGAGUGACGAUGAUUACGGAGCUGAUGAUGACGAUGAAGACAUUCAAGGGAGCCAGUGGGGGGGACUUCCUAUAUUCUCAUCGAUGCCUGUGCGAUAG